CUGACAAACCUAUCUCAAUCAAAACCAUUGUAACCCAAAACUGACAAAUAUAUCUCAAUCCAAACUAAUGUCACCCAAAACUGACAAACCUAUCUUAAUCUACAACUGUAUUCCUAAACUGUCAAACCUAUCUCAAUCAAAGCUGUUUUCAAUGAAAUGAUAGCUGAUUUAAAAGAGAUGGAAGAAUCAGGUUUUAAAAUUCAUAAUAGUCAAAUUGUUAAAGGUUCUGUCGUUGCUAUUGUAGGGGAUAAUCUAGGAUCCCAUUGCAUAGGUUUUACUGAAAACUUUAGCACAUCAUCUCAUUUUUGUAGAUAUUGUUUAGUUGACCAUGUUACUUUUGAAAGAGAUCCUCUUAGUUUAGGUUCUGUAUGAGACAAAAUGUCUUAUGUUAGAGAUGUUCAACAAGUGUCAGAAGGGC